UCUAGGGGUGUUAAAUAUCGCCGUCCAAAUUUAUCAUCACCGCCAUCAUUUCAAGUAAAUUACAAUCUUGCCUUUACUAUUUUUUUUCCCAUUUUCAUUUUGUAACAUUAGUCCAUCAACCACAACCGUAUCAACCACCACCUUCUACACUGCACAUCCACAACGACGACAAAAGUCGACGAGAAAGGGAUAGUGAUCGAGGUGGCUUGAUGAAAAAAGAAUCAAGGAUCAAUCGGAGCUCCACGGUAACCGGUUUUGGGCUCCAGUUACCAUGGUCAACCGGAGGUCAAAACUGGUUACCGUCCACGGUACCCGGAGGCCAAAAUCGGUUACCAUGGACGGUAAUCGGAGCCUAAUUCAAAAUUUGCUCAAUUUUCUUUAAAAAAAUUAAUAUGGUGUGGCCGGUAACCGGAGGUGAAAACCGGUCGCCCACCACCGGUAACCGGAGGUGAAAACUGAUUACCGGCGCGGUCAACCGGAUUUGGUCGCCGGUUACCGGUGUUGGCAACCGGUUACCACCCACUUAUUUCAUAAAAAAAAAAAAAAAACUAAUCGGAAACUACUUACCUUCUUUCUGCCGUAGCUGUCGCCGUCGCCGAUGUCUAAGUCUGUGCCGCCUCCACCGCUUGAGAUCGCGCCACCGCCACUGCAUGAGCUCUCCGCCAAUUUCUUCCCGGUAAACCCCAAAUAUGUGGUUGUGUGGUAAAAAAGGUAAGUGGUUGGUGUUUGAGGAGAGAGAAAAAAAAAAGGGUCAAAGAUGGGUUUGGGUUUAGUAAGGGCAAAAUUGUCAGUUUGCUCGAAUGAUGAUGGUGGCGAUAAAUUUAAACGGGGGUAUUUAGCAUUCCACUUUCUAAGAUAUCACUAGCAUUUUCUCUCAACAUCUUAUCCAUUAAUCAACUUCAAUUUACUAAAAUAAAAUGUCAACCACGAGUCCACAUUUCCACAACCCUUGGACAAUCACACAUUUGCUUCAGAGAGUAGUAUAAAUUCACUUAGUUUUCUUAUUUCUAUUCUCACAUUUCAUCUUCUUUAAAAAAAAAAAAAACCCCAAAGAUCAAACUCCUAAAACAAUGGAGAAAAUAGUACUUUACCCAUCACCAGGAAUCGGCCAUUUAAUCUCCAUGGUUGAGCUCGGAAAACUUCUAUUAUCUAACUCUUCUUCUAUCUCCUCCAUUACCAUUCUCAUUGUUAACUUCCCCUUCUUAACUGGCUCAUAUUCAUCUUACAUUUCCUCUGUUUCCGCUUCGUUCCCUUCGAUCACCUUCCUUUCUCUGCCUUCUGUUCCCCUACUACUUGGUGAUCCAUCAAAUUACGAAGAUUUUGAACAAAUUAUCUUCGAAUUUCUUCGUAGUAAUAGCAACAAUGUCAAGCAAUCUCUUGAAUCAAUUUCUAUCUCUUCCCCUGUUUCAGCCUUCAUUCUUGACUUCUUUUGUUACCCUGCUCUUGAAGUUUCUCUAUCACUUAAAAUACCCACUUACUAUUUCUACACUUCUGGAGCUUCUGCUCUAGCAUUAUGUCUGAACUUACCGGUUUUCGACAAAAUAGCCACUGAUUCUUACAGGAAUCUUAAGACUUCUUUUGAGAUUCCAGGGUUGUUUUCUGUUCCUGCUGAUCAUAUGCUCGAGCCUAUGCUUGAUCGAGGUGUGAGUUAUUAUGAGUUUGUUAAAGUUGCUGAAACUAUGCUUAAGUCUGAUGGGAUUAUUGUUAAUAGCUUCGAGUCAUUAGAGGUUAAAGCUGUUAAAGGUUUGAAACAGGGGACUUGUCUUCCUGGUACACAAAUUCCUCCUGUUUAUUGUAUUGGGCCUUUGUUUGCUAAUCGUGGCGGCGGUGCAGAGAACAGUGGUGAAGAGAGGCAUGAAUGUCUGAAGUGGCUUGAUUCGCAACCUAGUAAAAGUGUUGUGUACUUGGGGUUUGGGAGUAGAGGUGUGUUUUCUAAGGAGCAAAUAUUGGAGAUAGCUUUUGGUUUAGAAAGGAGUGGGGUGAGAUUUUUGUGGACCGUUAGGGCUCCUCCUAGUGAAGAAAAGGGUGCCAAGUUCUCUGACCCACCGGAUCCGGAUCUAGACUUGAUCCUUCCAGUAGGGUUUUUGGAUCGGACCAAAGAUAGGGGUCAUGUAGCUAAGUCGUGGGUCCCGCAAAUUGCGAUUUUGGGUCAUGAAUCGGUGGGUGGGUUUUUUAGUCAUUGUGGGUGGAACUCGACUUUAGAGGCAGUAGAUGCUGGGGCGCCUAUGGUGGCAUGGCCUCUUUAUGCCGAGCAAAGGUUUAAUAAGAUUUUGAUUGUGGAGGAGAUAGGGAUUGCUUUACCGAUGGAUGAAAAUGAAGAUUGGUUUGUGAGUUCGAGUGAGAUUGAGAAGCGAGUUAAGCAAAUUUUAGGCUCGGAAGGAGAUGUUGUAAGAAAACAAAUGCUCGAAAUGAGGGAGAAGGGUAAGAUUGCUCUCAAUGAAGGACAAUCGUCUAAUGUUGCAUUAACUACGUUAAUGGAAUCAUGGGUACAUUGAAGAUUGUACAAUGUUAUGUCUUAUGUAAGUUGCUAUGCUGACAUUACAAUUUCUAGGCUUUACUUCUGUUGAAUCUCUAAUAAGCUUAAUUACUUGUGCAAU